CAACUGAAUGUGCUGCAGCAGGCCACCCCAUGUUUCAGACGCUACGAUAUUCCAGAUAUUGCGACACAUGCAUAUAUUUGUAAUGUACUACUCAUAAGGUUGCUGAAAACAUCACAAACGAUAUAUUCAGUUGCGGUCCAGGUCAGUUUUGACAACCGGGCAAAAUCCGAGGCUGUUUAUCUCACAAUCUUUGUCACUCUUUCGUUCAUCUGGAUUUACCUACCUCGAGCUGAAAAAUUAUCUUCAAUUUCUGUCGUGAAAAUUAUGGCAAACCGGAAAAUGUGGUGCAAAGUUUCCAGUCCUGAUGGAUCACUCAUGAUGCCAGAUGUCCUCAUCAUAAUCGGGUUGCAAGGAGACUCGCAAAAAGUCUCGUCUUUGAGGGGU